AUGGGGCAAAGCGAGGAUUGUUGUUCGACUCAGCUAAUCAAUGGGGAUGGUGAAUUCAACGUGGAGGGUUUGGAGAAUUUCGUGAAGAAGACGAAGCUCUCUAAUUGUGGACUUUCUUAUGCUGUUGUUGCAAUCAUGGGUCCUCAGAGUAGUGGGAAGAGUACACUUUUGAAUCAUCUUUUUAAUACCAGUUUUAGGGAAAUGGAUGCUUUUGCGGGAAGGAGUCAAACAACCAAAGGUAUUUGGAUGGCUAGGUGUGUUGGAAUUGAGCCUUUUACACUUGCCAUGGAUUUAGAGGGUACUGAUGGUAGAGAAAGAGGCGAGGAUGACACUACAUUUGAGAAACAAAGUGCCCUGUUCGCACUGGCGGUUGCAGAUAUUGUACUGAUAAACAUGUGGUGCCAUGACAUCGGAAGGGAACAGGCUGCCAACAAACCAUUACUGAAGACAGUUUUCCAGGUCAUGAUGCGAUUGUUUAGCCCUCGGAAAACAACUCUUCUUUUUGUCAUACGUGAUAAAACAAAGACUCCAAUAGAGCUGCUUGAACCUGUUCUAAGAGAAGAUAUUCAGAAGAUAUGGGAUUUAGUUCGCAAGCCUGAAGCACAUAAGAAUACACCUCUAAGUGAAUUCUUCAAUGUGGAGGUCGUUGCCUUAUCCAGCUAUGAAGAGAAAGAAGAAGUGUUUAAGAAAGAGGUUGCUGCGCUAAGGCAGAGGUUUUUCCAUUCUAUUUCACCUGGGGGACUUGCUGGUGAUAGACGUGGUGUAGUUCCAGCUUCAGGAUUUUCUUUCAGCUCCCAGGAGAUUUGGAAAGUUAUAAAAGAGAAUAGAGACUUGGACCUUCCUGCUCACAAGGUAAUGGUUGCUACUGUUCGGUGUGAAGAGAUAGCCGAUGAGAAGCUACAACACUUGGCAACCGAUGAGAGUUGGUUGGAGUUGCAAAAAGCUGUAGAAGGUGGUCUUGUUCCUAGUUUUGGCAGAAAGCUUAGUUCUAUCCUUGAAAAAUACUUCUCAGAAUACGACGCAGAGGUAAUAUACUUUGAUGAAGGAGUAAGAAAAGAAAAGCGUCUACAGCUGAAAUCUAAAGCUUUGGAUUUUGUGCAUUCUGCUUAUGCUAGCAUGUUGGGACAUCUACGAUCCAAUGCUUUGGAAUCCUUUAAGAUCCGACUGGAACAGUCUCUAAAUCAAGGAGAAGGGUUUGCAAAUGCUGUGCGGGACUCCCGACAAUCUUGUCUGCUUGUGUUUGACAAAGGAUGUAAAGAUGUUGCGGUUAAACAAGCGACUUGGGAUGCAUCAAAAAUCAGAGAGAAACUUUGUCGUGACAUUGAUUCUCAUGCAUCUUCUGCUCAGACUGCUAAACUAUCUGAAUUAACUGCCAACUGCGAGAAACGGCUAAGUAAAGCACUGAGCGAACCUGUCGAGUCUUUGUUCGAAGCCGGUGGAAAAGAGACGUGGCCUUCCAUUAGGACACUUCUCAAACGGGAGACAGAAACAGCUGUUACAAAUUUUCUGGAUGAUGUCACUGGUUUUGAGCUAGAUCACACUACAAUUGAUGCUAUGGUUCAGAAUCUAAAGGACUAUUCUCAGAGUUUAGUGGAGAAAAAGGCGAGAGAAGAAGCUGCCAAAAUUCUGAUCCGAAUGAAAGAUAGGUUCUCAACAGUCUUCAGUCAUGACAAAGACUCAAUGCCACGGGUCUGGACUGGAAAAGAGGAUAUUACAGCAGUCACAAAAGAUGCUCGCUCAGAGGCUUUAAGUCUUCUGUCUGUGAUGGCGGCAAUACGUUUGGAUGAAAGACCGGACAAAAUUGAGAGCACUCUUUUCUCUACUCUCAUGGGUGGUACUGUUUCCGUUGCAUCUUCCCGCAACAGAAGCUUAGGAACUUCUACGGAUCCACUUGCAUCCAGCUCUUGGGAAGAGGUUCCUCCAAAAGACGUGCUACUGACGCCAGUACAAUGUAAGUCUCUGUGGAGACAGUUCAAAUCUGAGACCGAGUAUACCGUAACCCAAGCUAUCUCGGCACAGGAAGCUCACAAGCGGAAUAACAACUGGCUUCCACCGGCUUGGGCGAUUGUGUUGAUGAUUGUCCUUGGUUUCAACGAAUUCAUGCUGCUCUUGAAGAAUCCUUUGUACCUCUUAGGCUUCUUUGUGGCGUUUUUACUCUCCAAAGCCUUAUGGGUGCAGCUUGACGUUCCUAGGGAGUUUCAACAUGGCGCACUUGCUGGAGUACUUUCCAUCACGUCAAAGUUUCUUCCAACUGUUAUGAAUCUUCUAAGAAAGCUCGCGGAAGAAGCGCAAGGGAAAACAACUCAAGAAGCGCCAGAAUACUCAACUUCCCAAAUCUACAGACACCAAUCUCCAUCAAAUACAAUAACAGAAUCUGUCUCAUCAAGCAUAUCAUCAUUGGGUGAUGAUGAUGCAGAAUACUCGAGCCCUGCACCGGUUCAGAGACGAAACACCCAAAACGUUCAAGAAACAGAGAUCUCUGAAAUGUAA